AUGGGUGUCGAAGUGGGAGCAGCGAGCAGAGUCCUGUUCCUGUGGCUGGCCUGCUCGCUCCAACUCGUCGCAGACGCCACAAGCCUCCACCGCGCCCUGCAGCCCUACCCCGUGUUCAGCCAGGGUCUGUCCUCCCGAGCCACGUCCUACGGCGCAGGAUCCCCCCAGCAGUCCUCCUUCGCCCAAGAAUACUCCGCCCUGGACCCCUUCUGCGGCGCUCCUGACGGCCUCUUCCCCCACGACUGGGACUGUCAGCAGUUCUUCUCGUGCUCCAAUGGGCGGGGGUGCCUCAUGACCUGUCCGCGUGGCACCAUCUUCCACAGGCUGCUCAACGUGUGUGUUUGGCCCCAUCAGGCAUCUUGCGUCACGAAGCCAGGGUCCGUCCCCUCCACCUGGCCGCCCCUGAGGAAGUGCUCUGAGAUCCAGGCAGGUGGUACUCAGGCUCCCCCGAAGCCGCCCAAGCCACCUGUCCCCAACUCCACCUAAGCCGCCACUCCCACCCCCACGCAGC